CUCGCUCUCUCUUUUUUUUUUUUUUGUGUUGUCUCAUACGUUCACUAGAGUCCCUUCUGAUUUUGUACCCUAAACGCAGCUCGAUUUAUCUAAAGCCCUGAGUCUCGCCGGAAAUCUUAUAGACGCGAUUUUUCUUAACGCCGUUUGAUACACUUACAGUCUUUGAGAUCCAGGAGAUAGUGAAUUUCUUGGUGGGUAUUGAAAAUGGAGGAAGAGAACGAAGUGGUGAAGACGUUUGCAGAACUUGGUGUGCGUGAGGAGCUUGUGAAAGCUUGUGAGAGAUUGGGAUGGAACAACCCUUCCAAAAUUCAAGCCGAAGCCCUUCCUUAUGCUCUUGAAGGGAAAGAUGUUAUUGGACUUGCGCAAACUGGUUCUGGUAAAACUGGAGCCUUUGCGAUUCCUAUAUUGCAAGCACUUCUCGAGUAUGUUUAUGAUUCUGAGCCUAAGAAAGGACGUAGACCUGAUCCUGCCUUCUUCGCUUGUGUUUUAUCUCCAACUCGAGAGCUUGCUAUCCAAAUUGCUGAGCAGUUUGAAGCUCUAGGAGCUGAUAUAAGUCUUAGGUGUGCUGUGCUUGUUGGAGGUAUAGACAGGAUGCAACAAACUAUUGCUCUUGGGAAACGGCCUCAUGUUAUUGUUGCAACACCUGGUCGUCUUUGGGAUCAUAUGUCUGACACAAAAGGCUUCUCUCUGAAGUCAUUGAAAUAUCUGGUUCUUGAUGAAGCAGAUAGGCUGCUAAAUGAAGAUUUUGAGAAAUCUCUUAACCAGAUUUUAGAAGAGAUCCCUCGUGAACGUAGAACAUUUCUUUUCUCAGCGACUAUGACUAAAAAGGUUCGAAAACUUCAAAGGGCAUGUUUGAGGAAUCCUGUGAAGAUUGAAGCUGCCUCCAAAUAUUCCACAGUUGAUACUCUGAAGCAGCAGUAUCGAUUUGUUGCUGCUAAAUACAAGGAUUGCUAUCUUGUAUACAUUCUGAGUGAAAUGCCUGACUCAACAUCAAUGAUUUUCACCCGAACAUGUGAUGGUACUCGUUUUCUGGCUUUGGUGCUUCGGAGCCUUGGUUUUAGAGCCAUUCCUAUCAGUGGUCAAAUGACUCAGUCGAAGAGACUGGGAGCUUUGACUAAGUUUAAAGCAGCGGAAUGUAAUAUCUUGGUUUGUACCGAUGUGGCUAGUAGAGGGCUCGAUAUCCCAUCAGUUGAUGUGGUAAUCAACUAUGACAUUCCCACAAAUUCAAAGGAUUACAUCCACAGAGUAGGAAGAACCGCUCGUGCUGGACGUUCUGGUGUCGGGAUAUCACUUGUAAACCAGUAUGAGCUUGAAUGGUAUAUACAAAUAGAAAAACUCAUUGGCAAAAAACUACCAGAAUAUCCUGCUGAGGAAGACGAAGUCUUAUCAUUGUUGGAGAGAGUCCAAGAAGCGAAAAAGUUAUCCGCAAUGAAUAUGAAAGAAUCAGGAGGUAGGAAGAAGAGAAGGGGAGAAGAUGAUGAAGAGAGUGAGAGGUUCUUGGGAGGUAACAAGGACAGAGGUGAUGGCAAAGACAAGAAAUCUUCUAAGAAGUUCAAACGAUAAAAUGGCUCUGUUUCUAUUGUUUCCCGGCAACUCCACUCACCUAAGUUUUGAAUUCAAGUUUUGCAUAUGAACUUGGGUAAUUUAAUCAAUUUUUGUACUCGUAAUUUGUAUUUUCUUUUCUUUUUUUGCUUUGUUUCUUAAAGACUGAAUUUAUGCUAUCAAUAUUAAAAGAGGUUUAAAAA